AUGAUAUCAACGCCGGCAACCCAGUCAUGGCCAGGAAAACCGAACAAUCAAAAAUUAGUCGGAAAAUCGGCAAAGGUUUUUCAUGCCACCGCAGAUCAAUCGCGUUGUACAUAUUGUAACGCAGGUCACAGAAUCUAUUCUUGUGAAAAAUUCCGUAGUUUAGAUGCAAACGCUAGACUCAAUUUUGUGAAAGAUUUCAAGGCGUGCUUAAACUGUCUAAGUACCGGACAUUUUAAGGAACGCUGCAAUAGCGCGUCUUCCUGUCGAAUAUGUCGGCAGCGCCCCCAUACAUUGCUUCAUAGUUCGCCAGAGGCAUCUACCUCUUCCCACGUCGUCGACUCACCCCGCACCGCUGCAGGUACGUUACCCGCCGCUAGCUCGCUCCCGCAAACCGCUGUCACAUCCGCCUCCGCUUGCCUUAAUUCCAAGGUUAACCCAAUGCAUAAAACACAAAACGCUGUGUUGCUAUCAACCGCCCUAGUAAAGGUACGUGAUUCUGCUGAUCGAUGGCAGAAUGCUCGCUUAUUAUUCGAUUCAGGUUCUCACGCCACAUUCAUAACUGAGGCAUGCGUACAACGUCUAGGUCUAGCUCGCAAAUCUUCGUCCAUAUUUGUAACGGGAAUUGGCGCUUCUCAGGGUGGCCGUUGCAGAGGCGAAACGACGUUAUUCCUCUCUUCGCGACAUUCAAGUGAAUGCUACCCCAUCAACGCAUUAAUUUUACAAAAGAUUACGGGCGAUUUGCCGUCGCAGAGUUUAAGCGUUCCUGAAUGGUCUCACAUCAAGGGACUGUUCUUAGCUGACCCGCACUUCAUGGAACCCGGCCGUGUAGAUAUCUUAGUGGGCAUGGACUAUAUGGAUCGACUCAUUUUAACUGAGCUGCGUAAAGGCCCACCUGGCACGCCAAUAAUACAGAAAACAGUCUUUGGCUGGACGUUGUGUGGAAACGUAGAUACAUCCGUUCCACCCGCAAACCAUAUACAAUCAUUACACUGUGAUGUACAUUUAGAUAGAGCAUUGGCUAGAUUGUGGGAACUUGAAGAAGCGCCGCAAACACGAUAUCUUACUCACGAGGAGCGGUACUGCGAAGAACAUUUUGAAUCAACUCAUAUUAGGAAGCCGGACGGACGCUUUGUAGUGGAGUUGCCACUCAAGGUCGACGUGCCAUUAGGUGAAUCAAGGAGUCUCGCCGUACGAAACUUAUUACGCAUGGAGCGCAGAUUUGCCGGUGAUCAGGAUCUGUGGACACGCUAUAACGAAUUCAUGCAGGAAUUAAUUGAAAUGGGUCAUAUGGAGGUCGUGCCUGAAACGAAAUAUGCGAAAUAUUAUAUGCCACACCAUGCUGUUGUAAAGGAGUCCAGCGUCACGACAAAAUUGCGAGUUGUGUUUAACGCGUCUGCUAAAACCACAACGGGGAAUUCCCUCAACGAUGCGCUUUAUGUUGGUCCUCAACUACAAGAAGACUUGUACUCCAUACUUUUGCGCUUUAGAAUACACAAAUACGCAGUAACUGCAGACGUUGCAAAAAUGUAUCGACAAAUCUGUGUUUCAGCUAAACAUGUCGACUUACAUCGAAUUGUUUGGCGCUCUAACACAUCUCUACCUAUUACAGAUUACCGCAUGCUACGCAAAGCAGUCGACGUAAUUCUUAAAGACUUUUACAUGGACGAUCUUUUCACUGGUGCGUCUAGCAAGUCGGAACUUAAAGCAUUGCAGCGAAAUGUGUCCGAUAUUCUACGGGAAGGUGGGUUCGAGUUAAGAAAAUGGGCGUCAAAUUGUACAGAGCUAAAUGAGACUAUCGCUAGAGAAUCCAAGAACAUAUCACACUACACCGUAGAUGGCAACAAUGUACAUGCUCUGGGACUAAUUUGGUAUAUGGAAGAGGACUAUUUUACAUUUUCCAUUUCUCUAGGAGAACCGCCCCACGUCUUAACUAAGAGAGCAUUUCUGGUCGAUGCCAGCAAACUUUUUGAUCCAUUGAGCUUACUUUCACCCGCAACGAUUACGUCGAAAAUGUUGUUUCAAGACAUCUGGCGUUCCAACACUGGAUGGGACGACCCAGUACCAGAUACGAUAGGCAAGGUGUGGCUUGAUCAUCGCUCGCAAUUACAACUUUUAUCUGAACUUAAGGUCAACCGUUGGGUUGGAGUCGGGACGAUAGGCUCAUUUACUGAGUUGCACGUUUUUGCCGACGCUUCCGAGCGCGCCUAUGCCGCAGUCAUAUAUGCGCGCACUGUACAUAGGGAUGGUCACAUUACAAUCGGCUUAAUUUCAUCAAAGACUAAAGUUGCCCCGCUAAAAACAACAACGCUACCUCGCCUCGAGUUGUGUGCUGCACAUCUCGCCGCAAAAUUGGUCAAGGCUGUCAUGCAAAGUUGGAAGGAUUUUUGCUGUCCACUGGUAGCAUGGACAGAUUCCACCAUUACGUUGGCGUGGCUGCAAGCACAUCCUAAUAAAUGGGAAACAUUCGUCGCAAACCGUGUCGCCUAUAUUCACGAGGUCCUGCCUCCCGAGUGCUGGAACCAUAUACGCUCUGAAAGCAAUCCUGCGGACUGCGCGUCCAGAGGUAUAUCUCCGCUUCAACUUAUGCAUCAUGAGUUAUGGUGGUUCGGACCUGACUUCUUACGCGAAGAGGAACAGUUCUGGAAGCAACCCGCGCAAAUAAUGCAUAAAACCGAAAUAGGCUUACGAAAGAUUGAUGGCAACGCUAUACCAAAAUAG